AUGGAGCGACACCCCAGCGACAUCGCCACGCCCAUCCACCAAAAGUUCAGCUGCCUCCGCCUCCAUGACGUCGACGCCAUCGCUGACGAUGCCAUCAACCUCGACAGCCUCCCCCCAGGGGUCGAGGUCCACUCUCGCCUGAUCAGCGACACCAUGUACGCUAAGGGGUACCUGAGCACGUUUGCCAACUCCUGUCUCGCCGAGGUCAACUCUAGAGCCAAGCUCCACAUGGAGAAGGAGAUGCCCCCGCCUCCGAGGCCGCCGGCUCACACCACGUUCAACCAGCGCAUCGCCCACAUCCACAGCCGCCACUUCAACAAGAUGAAGCCGAUCCUGAGCCACUACCUGGUCCACCCGGAGCAAACGCUGGACGUCAAACGGCGGAAAACUAUCACGGGUAAGGAGACGACCAAAACCGCCUCCGUCGCCCCCAGAACUCAACAAACUCGCAGACUACCAACUUCAAAGGCGCUGUUUAACCUCAACGCCUCGCUCUUGCCGCCAGCUGCCGAGUUCGUCAAACCCAAGCUGCCGAGACGGGUAUCGCUGCUCGAGCUUGCGGGGGUAAAGCCGCCGCCUUCAGGACCCAGCCACACACAGUUCUCAUUCUCAUCGUCUACAGUACCGGCUACGCUCAGUAGCCCGCCUACAGUCUCGUCCAUGCUGCCUCCCAAGCGCCCUACUCGCAUCCCUUCUCCUCACCACCACCCUACCACAAUCCUGACGCCGCCAGCGGCUUCACAGCCAACCAGAAUCCCUCUGCUGUCACUGACAAGGCUGCUUUCAGAAACCCCAAGAAUCCCCCGGCUGGCGCUGCUGCUGCUUGCCCCUUCAGACGCCUCGAGAAUCCCCCGGCUGUCACCGACCAAGCCCUCCCUCAUUCCCAAUACCCCGAGCCGGCUCCGCAAACUGAGUCUGGUCCGCAAUCUCUCCGCUCCAGCGGCGCCGGCGCCGUCUUUGCCCUCCCUGCGCCUGGACCGGACGUUGCGCAAGUACACUGUACCCCAGGAGACGUCGCUCUACGCUCGUCCCACCAUCUCGUCGUCCAACAAGUCGUUGCGCCACGUUUCCAAGUAA